GCCUUCUCUACCAUAGACUGUCUCAAGCUCAACUCUCCGUGCCGCUAUUGCUGCAAAUGUAUGUAGAAGAUCGAGUUACAAGUACGCCCCAUCUUUAAACUCUGUCUAUGCGCAGUUAGCCGAAGGACAACGGGACAGGCAAUAUACGUCCUAUGUCAGCCGUCAGACAAGGGUCAACGCCUAUGCCUUGACUACACUCUGGUGGAUGGGCAGCUAUCACAUCUACCGGGAAUAAAAGACAUGAUUGAGACAAUGGAUACCCAGCGUGCCUUGCAGGCAGUGGAGCGGCUCCAGGCCAAGCUGAAGGAGCGGGGGGAGGUCCCCACCGAGGAGAAGCUAAGCCUGCUCAAGUCGGUGCUCCAGAGCCCCCUGUUCCACCAGAUUCUGGCCCUGCAGAAGUCUGUCCAGCUCCUCAAAGACCAGGAUGGUGUCACAACAACAUUUGGCGAUGACCUGAGUGAAUGCUACACAGCAGCCCAUGCCAAUGGCAGCCAUCUUGCCAACCCAGAAUCCUCCACUGGUACACAGAUCAAUGGGAAGCCGUCUCCUGAGGAGUUUGAACACAUCAUUCGCUCUAUGGCUCAGGGGCGCUACGUGACACACAUGGAGCUGGUGAAGCCGCUGUCUGGGGGCCUAGGCUUCAGCGUGGUUGGUCUGAGGAGUGAGAACCGCGGGGAGCUGGGCAUCUUCGUCCAGGAGAUCCAGCCCGGGAGUGUGGCCCACUGCGAUGGGAAUCUGAGGGAGACAGACCAGAUCUUGGCCAUAAACGGUCAGCCUCUGGACCAGACAGUGACCCACCAGCAGGCCAUAGGCAUCCUGCAGAGAGCGUCUGAGCGUGUGCAGCUUACUGUGGCCAGAGGACCCAUCCCUCAGCUGGCCAGCCCCGUGGUGUCCCGCACGCCCUCUGCUGCCAGCACCCUGUCUGCCCACUCCAGCGCGGCCCACUGGAAUCAUGUGGAGACCAUAGAGCUGGUCAACGACGGGACAGGCCUGGGCUUUGGCAUUGUGGGAGGGAAGAACACCGGUGUCAUUGUCAAAACCAUCCUGCCUGGAGGCAUCGCUGAUCAGGAUGGGCGUCUGCACAGUGGGGACCACAUCCUCACGAUUGGGGACACUGACCUUUAUGGCAUGGGCAGUGAGCAGGUGGCUCAGGUCCUGAGGCAGUGUGGUAACAGAGUGAAGCUGGUCAUCACCAGAGGCCCUCCAGAGGAGACCUCCACCGUCCCAAUGCCGUUGCCCACUGUCACAGAGCAACAGGGCUAUGAGGAAGAGGAGGCUGAAUCGUUCGACGUCGGGCUGACCAAGAACGCCCAGGGUCUGGGAAUCACUAUCGCCGGCUAUGUGGGGGACAAGAAUUCCGAGCCCUCUGGUAUUUUCGUGAAAAGUAUAACUAAAGACAGUGCAGUAGAGCAAGAUGGCCGCAUCCAUGUUGGGGACCAGAUCAUAGCCGUGGACGGAAUGAAUAUCCAGGGCUACACCAACCAGCAGGCCGUGGAGGUGCUGAGACACACGGGCCAGACGGUACACCUGAAGCUGGUCAGAAGUGGCUUCCGUCCAGAGGACAUCCCACCCGCUGUGGUGCCCAGUGUGAUCGUACUUCCAACAACCCCAGGGGGCCGAGACCCCACACUGGAGAGAACAGAUGUUGUGGACACCACCGCUCAAGGUGAGAAACAGUACCAGGCAUUGAGUGGGGAAUCGGAUGUCUCCACUGUGAAGGAUCAGUUAACUAAGAACACCAGAGACGAAGCAAAGCUAACAGAGGAUGAAGAGUUGGAGCUAAUGAAGAAGUGGCAGGAGACGCUCGGCCCCAGCAACAAAGUAGAGAUUGCCCAGGUGGAGAAGUUCAGUGAGAGCAGUGGUCUGGGUAUCAGUCUGGAGGCCAACAACGGGCACCACUACAUCCGCUCUGUCCUGCCCGAGGGGCCAGUGGGCCGCUGUGGGAAACUCAUCAGUGGGGACGAACUGCUCGAGGUCAAUGGAAUAUCCCUGAUUGGUGAGACCCACAAGGAAGUGGUGAGGAUUCUGAAGGAGCUUCCUGUCUGUGUCUACAUGGCCUGCUGUAGGCCCGCCCCUCUCCUUCAGAGUGACAGGGAUUCUGUCCAAACAGGGUUGGAUGAAUUUUCCACUGAACCUAAAAUUAAGAUACAGGGAGACCUCAGCAGUUUCCUGGUUCCCGGAGGUUCCGAGGGGGCGGCAACAAGGGAAAAUGUGACGGAGGAGACUCUGGGAGCUCCUUUGGCCAUGUGGGAGACGGAAAUACAGGACAUCGAGCUGGAGAAGGGAGAGAGUGGAUUGGGAUUCAGCAUCUUGGACUACCAGGACCCAAUGGAUCCAGCCAAGACGGUGAUCGUGAUUCGCUCUCUGGUGCCAGAAGGAGUGGCCGAACAGGAUGGCAGGCUUUUGCCAGGCGACCGGCUCAUGUUCGUCAACAGCACCAAUCUGGACAACGCCAGUCUGGAGGAAGCCGUCCAGGCACUGAAGGGGGCCAACAUCGGCAUGGUUCACAUUGGGGUGGCCAAGCCACUGCCUCCAUACAAUGAAGAGGACAGUCCGUCGUCAUCUUCUGGAAUCUGUUUUUUUUUAUCUUCAACACUGCUGGUUAAAGAAAGCGAUGAGGAGGAGCCAGCGGAGGACCACCUUUUCCGGGCAGAGCCUGCAUUGAUUGACUCCAAUGAGGGAGACCUGGUCGAUGAGAGGGCAUUGGAGCGUCGCUUCUCUGGCAAUGAGGAUGACACCUUACAGGCAUCCAUGAUCGCCCUCCACGGCAGCACCUGCAGCGCCGAUAUGGACUACCAGACUACCUUGCAGUCCUCCACACCCAAACGGAGUGCCCGCCUGGACUUGUUGACUGAGCAUCCCUUGGUGACGUUGUUCGGCCUUGCGGACGACACUGAACCCUUCUCCCCGGAGGAGAAGCCCAUCGUUUUCCCCCUGCCCAGGAGUAUUGGAGGUCACGCCCUAACGAUUGACGACAACGCACUAACUAGCUCCGAUCAGUACCUGGCGCAUCACUUAACCCAAAUGGAGCCGUCGGAUCUGUCAAACUCGUACAGUCCGUACACUGACCCUGAGCCCGGUUUGAAUGAUUUGGGGGAGCCAGUGCAGUCUCUCCAUUUUCAGGUGGAGUCCACCAUGGCCGUUGAGGACAUAGGGGAGAUGGAAGGCUUAAUGGAGGGGGAUGAGCCAUCUGUAAAACAGUCCAAAGAGGAAGGGGAUGAGGUUAUAACCACUGGGAGUCAUUUUGAAAGGACAAUCACUGUUGUCAAGGGCAACUCCAGUCUCGGAAUGACAGUGAGCUCCAUCAAGGAUGGCUUGGGGAUGUACAUCCGCAGCAUCAUCCACGGAGGUUCCAUCAGCCGAGACGGCCGCCUGGGAGUGGGGGACCUAAUCUUAGUCAUCAACGGCGAGUCCAUGGCCAACCUGACUAACACCCAGGCCCGCGCCAUGCUCCGGAGACACUCCCUCAUCGGGCCAGACUUGGGAUCUGCUUGUGCCCCAGAGGACGAUCUGUGCCCCUUUUAUGUCAUUACCUAUGUCCCUGUGGAGUAUCUGGAGGAGUACAAGACAAGCCUGGAGCAGCCUAAAGAUGACAUCUGCUCUGAUGCACCUCCCGCCCCAAUAAGAGAAAUCCCAGAACUUCCUGAGCGGGAGGAUGGAGAGGGAGAGGAGAGCGAGUUACAGACCGCCACCUUCAGUAACUGGAACGAGCCUAUGAAGGUGGAGCUCAAAAGAGAAGCGGGCAAGUCCCUUGGCAUCAGCAUUGUGGGGGGCAGAGGGAUGGGCAGUCGCCUUAGCAACGGCGAGGUGAUGCGGGGCAUCUUCAUCAAACACAUCAUGGAGGACAGCCCCGCCGGCCGCAAUGGAACCCUGAAGACUGGAGAUAGGAUUGUUGAGGUGGACGGUGUGGACCUGAGUGAUGCCAGUCACGAGCAGGCUGUGGAGGCCAUCCGCAGGGCAGGAAACCCUGUAGUGUUCCUGGUCCAGAGUAUCGUCCACAGGCCCAGGUCCUCAACCACGGACACCAACGAGGAGAGAGUGGCGCGGCGCAAUAGUGACAAGGAGGUUGAGUGUCACAGUAGACUAUUCCUACGCCUCUCCCCAACUAACCCUUUCACUCCUACUCCGUUUAAGCCGGCAAAGCGGGAAGCGGGAAAGACAUCGUCCACCACUCCUCACCUCUCUCUUCCUGUGGUUCCCCACGUUGGAGAGACAGACACGGAUACUCUGACAGAGAUUCCCGACAGACCGUCCCAGAAGGAAGAGGAGGAUAAGUUUGGCUACAGAUGGAAAAACAUCAGUCAGAGGUACGGCAGCCUCCCAGGGCUUCUGCACAUGAUUGAGCUGGAGAAGGGGAAGACCGGCCUGGGCCUUAGCCUGGCUGGCAACCGUGACCGCUCCCGCAUGAGCGUGUUUGUGGUCGGGAUCGACCCCAGUGGAGCUGCUGGCAAAGAUGGUCGCGUUGUGGUCGGGGAUGAACUGUUGGAGAUCAACGGGCAGAUUCUGUAUGGGCGGAGUCACCAGAAUGCCUCCUCCAUCAUUAAAAGCGCCCCAUCGAAGGUCAAGAUCAUUUUCAUCAGGAACACAGAUGCUCUCAACCAGAUGGCUGUGGGACCAGUGAGGGAACAUGGAGACACACUGGAGCCCCAGACAGAGCUGGAAACAUGUUCUUCCAUUGCACCCUCGGCGAUCGAUGUCGACAUGUUCAAAUAUGUGCAGCAUGUCAUUCUGCUGAAGGAGGAGGGUGGAUUCGGCAUCACUUUCAGUGAGGACACCAAGGAUGGGGUUGUGAUUCAGAGUAUAACUGAAAAAGGACCAGCAGGAAAGGACGGCAGCAUCAAAUCUGGAGAUAAACUCCUGGCUGUGGAGGACACGCCAGUGAUGGGCUACACUGUGGACAGGGUCCACUCUUUACUGAAGAAGGCCAAAAGCUCAGUGAAAUUGACUAUCUGCACAGACAAGUCAUCACCCCUUCUCCCUCACUGUACUGGUCAGGCAACCAGCCUACCCAGUAUCCCUAGAAUCUCCAUGGAUACCCUGGGCCAGUCUGAGUCAGAGCCAAUCAGGAGCUCUAGUCGCUCGUCCACCCCUGGCACUCUGGCUUCCUCUGACCCUGUGACCUGUCCCAUCAUCCCCGGCUGUGAGACCACCAUAGACAUCUCCAAGGGCCGCACAGGCCUGGGCCUCAGCAUCGUGGGGGGCUGUGACACUCUACUGGGGACCAUCAUCAUUCACGAGGUCUAUGAGGACGGAGCUGCCUCCAAGGAUGGGAGACUUUGGGCUGGGGACCAGAUCCUGGAGGUGAAUGACAUUGACCUGCGCGUUGCCACUCAUGACGAAGCUAUCAACGUGCUUCGCCAGACCCCUCAGCGGGUGCGUCUCAGCGUUUACAGGGACGAGGCUCAGUACAAGGAGGAGGACCUGUGGGAUGCCUUCACCGUGGAGCUGAACAAGAAGCCCGGGCAGGGCCUGGGCCUCAGUAUCGUGGGGAGAAGGAACGACACAGGGGUGUUUGUGUCAGACAUAGUGAAAGGGGGCGUGGUGGAGAGUGACGGGAGGCUGAUGCAGGGAGACCAGAUCCUGUCCGUCAACAAGGAGGACGUUAGAAAUGCCACCCAGGAGUUAGUGGCCGAGCUGCUGAAGUGUGGUGUGGGACCCAUAGUGAUGGAGGUGGGCAGAUUUAAAGCCGGGCCCUUCCACUCUGAGAGGAGGUUCUCACAGGGCAGUCAGAUGAGUGAAACAGGCAGCUGCAAGGUGACCCCUCACUCUCUGUCAGCCUCCUCUGGAAGCCUCCAAGUGGACUGUGACAGCUUACAACACACAAAUCAGGAGUCACUGGACCACCAGGAGAUCAGAAGUGUUGAAUUCACUAAGGGCCCCACUGAUUCCUUGGGCAUCAGUAUUGCGGGUGGAGUGGGCAGUCCCCUGGGUGAUGUUCCCAUCUUCAUCGCCAUGAUGAACCCUACUAGCCUCGUUGUCCAGACACACAAACUCAAGAUCGGUGACAUUAUUGUCAGUAUCUGUGGGACCGCUACUGAGGGUAUGAGCCACAGCCAGGCCGUCGCCCUGCUGAAGAACGCCACCGGCACCAUCAGGCUUCAGGUGGUAGCAGGGAGUGAUACCACAGUGACUGGCCCCUUUCAUGAGCAGACAGCUACCGGACUUUCAGUCUCAGGUCUUACUGCUACUAGCAUCUUCCACGACGACCUGGGACCUCCUCAAUAUAAGACCAUCACACUGGACAGAGGCCCAGACGGACUGGGCUUCAGCAUCGUUGGUGGCUUCGGAAGCCCACACGGAGACCUGCCCAUUUAUGUGAAAACCGUGUUCGGAAAGGGGGCAGCGUCAGAGGACGGGCAUCUGAAGCGGGGGGAUCAGAUUAUGGCUGUUAACGAACAGAGUCUGGAGGGGGUCACCCACGAGGAUGCCGUGGGCAUCCUGAAGAGGACCAAAGGAACAAUCACCCUGACUGUGCUUUCCUAGAUGCACACAUAGACAAAUAAUCAUACCUUGAGGUAGACACGCAUACACACCUAAAAAAAUAUAUACUGUACAAGUAUACUGAAAUAUGAACACACACUACCAUAUGUUCCUAAGCGCUAACCUUGUUUUGUAGCAAGAAACACUGUGAUCAAUAUUAUUUGAAGCUACUGCAGGUAGACUGAAGUAUUCACUGGACACUGUGGCUCAGAUCAUCUAUACUCUAGUUUUCUGUGCUCAGACAUGGACUGUAGUGUUAUGAUAUUUAGGGUUAAUAGCCCUUGAAAAGAUUUCUAUAGAAUGAGGGCCAUUAUUUAAGGCUUAUGCUACUGUAAACUGCUGUCCGUCCACUUCGAUAUUGAAGUCACUGUGGUUCUAGCGAAGAGACAGUGAGCAAGUCUAGACUCUUUGAAUAACAUUUCAAUCAUGUUUGGGUAACAUUUUAUCUGUGAUGCAAAGCACCUUUUCAGAAGGGACAUGGUCUGAAAUCUUUGGUUUCUUGGUCAGAAGUUACACAGACCAAGUCUGUAAGUGUGUGUAUGUUGUCACAGUCAGGGAAAGGAGAGUGUGUGUAUGAGACAUUCACUGCUGCUAAUGCGUAUGAUGAUGUGAAGCCUUGUUUUACACAAUUUUAACGUUCAAGUAUUAAUCAUUUUUUUCUGUCAUGACCGUACUUUGUCAUAAUAGGAUAGAAGGUGAAACCAGCCAACUUCUAUGGGCUAUCUCAGUGGUCUCCAACCCUGGUCCUGGAGAGCUACUGGGUAUGCAGGCUUUUCCUCCAACCUAGCACUUGCACAGCUGUUUCACAUAAUCAACCGUUGACAGUCUUCAAUAUGGACCACGAGUAGCCUAAUCAAGUGUGUUAGUGUUGGGCUGGAGCAAAAGCCUGUACACCCGGUCACUCUUUGGUAGGAGUUGGAGCUCCCUAUCUAUCUCAAACCAUUAGCUGGGUACACCAUGUUCUAGUUUCACAAUAAUGGAUCUCCUAUUCAACAUGGCGUCAGUCACACUCUUGUCACCCACCGUACAUGUGUACUUAGUAUCUCCAGCACAGUAUUGAGUUGUUCACAGGCUGAAUUAAUAAAAUUGACCUUCAAACCCCA